UAUUCUUGUAGCCUGUACGUAUCAUAGACAGUAGCAGUAAUGAAAGUACGGAUUGCCCACUGCAUCAACCGAACUACUGUUUAGCAGUCGUGGAAAAACGAUUGGCAAUUACCCCCACCCCCACCCCCAUCCUGUAUCACCACCAUCAUUAUCUAAAUUACACGCACUGCCUGUAGUAUACAUAUAUAUAAAUAUACAUUAUGUAUGUACGUAUGUACAUCCGUAUAUAUUAACUACAUAUUUACAAGCCCUUCCAGUUUGACGCUCCUUCUCAAUAUGUAAAUACACAUGCACACGCACGCGCACACACUCAUUCACAUAUGUAUUAAGUCCAUCAAACCUUCGCCUCAUUCACAACAUUAAAAGAGAAGAGGUGAAGCGAGGAAAUUGUACCGUGUGAUCUGCUUACAAUAUACAUCUAGACACAUGUGUUGCUUUUAAGAGAAAAGCUCAGUGGUUCUUUAUUACCAGCACUUAAUCAUGUUGAAUUCGGUAAUAGGACAAUACGAAAAACUGUGGUUGGCAGAUUUUUUCCACCGAUUCCCUCAUGUCAACUUUACCUGGCCAUGGGCUGAUUCUCAUUUUAGUUCAGUCAACAUUCCUUAUUUCCACACACUGCUGUUUUGGACUGGAGUAUUUGUCGGAUGGGCUGUUAUUAUCCAGCUGUUGAUGUUUUUAUACAUCUGUUGCAUUUGUUGCAAGAAGAAAAAGAAGAAGCAUCGGGAAGUAAAGUGUAUACGAUGUUUCAUGGCAAUUUUCAUAUUUGUUUGCGCGGGUUCUCUUGCUGUUGGUUUCUAUGGUAAUGAAGAGACAAACCGAGGAAUGACUAAAUUCAUAACCCACUUAAAAUCCACAACUGGUACAAUCCGUGGCUCCCUAUCUACAAUUGAUACAAUAGACCAGUUAUCAACCAGAAUCACACAUAAUGUAGCUGAAGUGAAAUAUAUCUUUCAUAGCUCAAUAAAGAACAAAACUGUAUCUCGUGAUGCAAUUGAGCUGAUUGAGAAGUUUGUCUACAACACAAAACAAAUGCGAGAUUAUUGCUCUUUCAUCAGGCAACAAACAGAACAUAAUCGACUGGAUACAAUAUCUGCUCUUACUACAUUAGUGGAACCCUACAGGUGGAUUGCUACUCUUUCGCUGUUCAGUGUUCAUGCUUUAAUAAGCCUCUUGCUGCUUAUUGGGAUGCUGACUUGUUCCCGUUGUUUGUUGAUAUUCUGCGUAUUGUUUGGGUGCCUGGCUCUGAUGUUAAUCUGGAUUGGUGGAGGGCUUUAUCUUGGAACUGCUGUGGAUUUUGGUGACCUUUGCGUCAACCCUGAUAAUUAUGUAAAGCAGCAAACCAGUGCAAACAUGGAAGCUAAAGUCCUUAAUGCUUAUUUGAAAUGCACUGAUCUUCGAGAACCAUUUGCAGAGAAAUACAAUGCUGCUCUCUCUGCUAUUGUCCGUGCCAACAGUACUUUAAGUGAGGCACUAUACAUGGCUUCACCCUACAACAUGGGUAUUAAGUUACGCAGCCUUGUUCGAAAGAUCCGCUUAGAAGUGACCGCAGCAGUUUCCAACGUUUCCCUCCUCAAUCAAAUUUCCGGCUGUUCUUUUAUCCACAACAAUUACAUCAAUGCACUUAAUGGAAUUUGUCAUCAAAGCCUGAUUGGUGUGGCUUUCAUGAGUCUUGUCUGUGGUAUUGUAGGAGUUGCACUGACCAUUAACAUCUGUUUGGCCACAAGGGCUUCAAUCUUAUUUGCAAAGAGUCUGGUAUACUAUCCUGUAGAUGACACCGAUCCAUUCUUGCCCAGGCCACCUCCCUACAGCUACGGCACCCUCCCAACGGCUCCGAAUGAUCCUUUCCAAGUGGACGUACGCAGAAGUUACUUGAGUGAGAGUGUUGCAGGUAGUGAGGAGACGGUACCACGUCGCCCUGGCCAGUAUACAGAGUCCCCACCACCAGCAUUCUUUGACCUGUAAGCACCUCCCAUCUGAACGGCUGCUGCUGGCAAAAUCAAGGAUUUUACAGCCUGCUGUGUUAUAAUGAACCAGCCUUCCUGCAUGACGACACACCAGCUAUAGUUUCAAGUGAAGCGUGACCAUGUUGCUGUUGUGAUCACCCAAGUAUGUCUGAAAACUUGGGCAUUUCCUCUGUGUCAUUUCCAACCAAUAUGUAGCUUUGGAAUUGUCCCUUCUCUUCCUAUUAGUAUCUCCUUUUACUGUUCUUCUGCUUGUUUCUUCCACACAUCCCCACCAUUCACCUAAUGUGCACCCUUCUUAUUAACUAACGGCUGACACUACUGAACUCAUAUUUUUUUCUGUGUCUCUUAUGUUUGCCUAAUAGCAAUGAGAAAUGGUUGAUGCUAAAUGUCCAGUUAUCUACCUUUUAUAUUGAUUCGGUUGAUAUUUUUUGUUUGUGUUUUGUUUUAUGAAGAAUAAAUAAUAAAAAAAAGCCAUGGUGAUGAUGAUGAUGAAUAAAAUUUGUCAGAGCAAUAAAGUAGUGAUGCCUUUUGGAAAAAAUUGAAAAAAAAAUUGAAAAUUUUAAGAAAAUAUUCCAAAGAAAACUCUUUAUCUGAAGGCAGUUAGUUCUGUAGUUUAACAGAUAAUAGCUUCAAGGAUUUAAUUAACCCACAACCAUAUCCACAUGACUGUCUAUUUCCUUAUAAAGGGACUUCUGCAAAAAGAUUGAAUAAUUGAGGGGUAAAGGGACAAAGGUAAUGGAAGAGUCAGUUGUUAGAAGAAUUCAAAGGAGAAAAAUUUCUUUAGACUUGAAGAGGAUCAAGAGAUGUGGAUGAUAAAUCAGUUUAUAACAAUUAUAUUGAAUUAAUAAUUUCAAUAGCUUAUAAAAGUAAAAUUGUAAUUACUUACACAUAAUUUAAUUUGAUUCAAGUAACUUUCAUCACAGCAUCAACCCGUUUUAUUGUACCCUAGUGUCUUUUGAAGCACUUUCUGGAAAAUGUUUUGAUAUUAUACACAUUUUUUUCUACAGUUUUUGUCUUUAACAGACUUUCGUAAUAAGUGUUUCAUAACUUUUAAUAUUGUCUCAAUUUGCUUCCUGUUUGCUAAUCUGAUAAUGUAACCUGCUACCAACAAAUCUUACCUCCAUAUUCUCUCUCCCCUCUCCAUACUCUCUCUCUUCCUCUCUCUCUCUCUCUCCUGUCCUAUCUCUCACUCCUUUCCUUUCUUUCUCUCUCAUGUUAUGUAAAAAUCUAAAACUCAGAAAUAUUAAGAAAGUCUUAAGAAUUUAGUAUAUGCCGUUUUUGAAGGUAUGGAGGGAGUGUAUAGGUUAUGUGCAGCAAAAUAUGGUGUAUAUUCUUUAGAUUGGAAGAAAUUUCAGUUUUGGCACUGCAUUAAAUCAACCAUAAAACCUUCCUGCCAAUGGCUAAGUAGCUCAAGAAUAUACCCCCAAAAAAUAUUCUUGCUUUUCCCAUUUAUUAUACUACCAAGUAAUUGGGGUUUAAUUCAAGUCAGUGGUGGAAUGCAAAUUCUUGGAAACUUCAGCAAGAAAUAGCAUCAUAAACAGCAAGCCAUUGUCAUGUCAUAACACUUCAAUAUUUGAUCAUUAUUGAUACUUCUCAUUAUUUUAUUCAAAAAACUUUCUCUGAAAUUGAAAGUAAGCACUGCAAUAUGGUCACAGUCUAAGUGUUUGUGAUGAAUGGUUUAUAAGUUGGUAUUUUUGUGGAAUAUUAAACUCCUCUUUUGAGAUGAAAAAGUUUUUACUAUUUUUAUCUAUGCCAUGUUUCUAUUUGUUUGAUCUUUGAUCAUUAUCAUGUGUCUUAUUCUUAGAUUGUACAUAGUACAUAAGUAGUUUAGAAUAGGAAAUCCUUAUUUCUAAACUACAGAAUAAUGACUAUUUUUAUUGAAUUAGCGAUUGUCCUAUUUAUAACCAUUGUUAUAAUUUUAGGUUACUUAUAAUUACCUUUCAGUAAUGGCAACCAUAUUGAUUCAAUACCAACAUUGGUUUUACUGAACAGGUUUAUUAAUAAAUAUUUCUUGUUCCAUUUAUGAUAAGAGUUUUAUGUUUAUCAACUCUCUGCAAUAAAUGUUAGAAUAAUGUUUCUGAAGUGCUAUUAAAAUUCUCCUUAUUCUUUCUCAGACCUGUUAACUUAAAUUUGCUAACAGUGUAGACUCUAUACCAAUUAAAUUCCUAUAUACCUCAUUGUUAAUGUUACAGUGAGGAUUUUCCAUGUUUUCUCAGACUUCCCUUUCCUUUUCAUCAUUGAGUCAUGCUUGACUGGUCCAGUCAUAUUAAUACAUGUGGAAUAACAUUAAUAACACAUAGUGGUGGCCCUAAAUAAGAUGUCCUUCUUAUUAGUAAUAACAGUGAUAUCAAUAGUUUUAAUAAGUUGUCCUAUUAAAAACAUUUGGUGAUUUAUUGUUUAUCCUCAACUAAGUCGUGCUCAAUCAAAUCUAUAAGACAAUCCAGACGUGCACAUCUUGUCUUUUUAUCUGUUAGUGUCUACAUUACCUUUACCACAUACAACUCCCCUUAUUUAAGGUGGUAGGGUGUGAUUUAAGACAGGUCAUGUGAUUACAUAACAGCUUCCUAUUUGGUUUGUUUUUUGAAGCAUAGGCUUACUUUGUAGCUAUUCAGUCAGUUUCAAGUAUGACUUUUUUUAGGGACUUUAUUUUUGACUCCUUGUUCUAUUUAAAUACCUUUUCACAAUGGUCUAACACUUAUUUCUACAACUUUUGCAGACUAAAUUAUACGUUCAGAAAAUCUCUUUACAGUUAUUAUCCAUUUGAAAUUGUAGUUACAACUUCUGAAGCCAACUCUGCAUAAACAUUUUGCUAUAAAUACUUCAGGCUUUUUACUGUGCCCAGUUUUGUGUGAAAUUACACCAUACUUCCGUGAACAAUAUUCAUUAUAGCUACUUCUAUGCUGUUUACACAACAUGGUUGUGUAAAUAAAACUCUGGAUUGUCAGGGAUCCUGUUGUAAGUCUAUAGUCUCAUUGAAUUGAACACAUAAUUCUUUAUGGCUUAUGUUCAUCUUAAAAUGGAAAGCAUAUGUCCUAUUUUGGGGGAAAACUUAUAGACAGUGAUAGACUAGCAGCUUGUUCAGGAGAAGUUUUAUCUCUCACUUGCCAAGUGUUAUAUUCAAUUUUGGUUCUUGCAAUAUGGAAAAAGUAUGACAUAUUUUCUUACCAUUCUUUCAAUUAUACUUUCUUAAUACUGCCUCAAACGUUGCCAAGAUCUUCCUGUACACUGAAAAUAUCUUCUCCAUACAAUGCUAAGAUUUUUAUCAGACACUGAAAACAUCUCCAGCCACAGAAAAAAUCUUCCCCAAACAUCGUACAGACUUUCUCCAGACACUGUACAAGUUUCUCCAGACAUUAUAUAAGUAUUCUCCGGACACUGUAGAUCUUCUCUAGAAAUUGAAAAGAUCCUUUCUCGACACUGGAAAGAUCUUCCUCACCAGACACUGCAAAAAUCACCUUCAAUGCGGCAGAGAUUUUCUCUAACCAAAGCUGAUUCUUUAACUUCUCUUUCAUCUUUUUGGUUAAAUACAACACAAAACCAGGCUUUUGCCACUGAAAUGAUUAGAAGAUCUUUAAGUUCUUCCAGUUAGUCUUCCAGGAAUCUUGUUGCUUAGUUUUUAGUAUAUCUGCAUUCCUAAUCAGAUUUCUUCCUUUUCACUUUCUAGUUUUAGAUUUUAUUUUUCUCUACUUAUUCUCUAUAAGAACAAGAUUUUUUUCAUACGGGUUGAUAUUUUAAUUGCAUCUGCCUAUAAAUUAUGCUGUUAGGGAUCUGGAAUGUGGGAUAAGGAUAAGGAAAGUGUGAACGAUAAUGUUUGUUAGAAUGAAUUUUUUCAAUUCCUCAUCUUCCAUGAAGGUUCUUCAACAGUUCACCAUCACACCACCAUAUUUGUAGUAAUGGCUUUAUCAGCUUUAUAUGUGAAUGUGUGUAUCUAUCUAUCAGUCUAUUUAUAUAUCAAAAAUUAUGAUAAACACAAGUUUUUAUAACUAGUUCCCCAUGUACCUUUCACUGUUGUAAUUAUGUAAAACCACUUGGAUGUCCCAAGUGCAGUUGGAUGCUUAACCAUGGAUCUUCAGGGAAACACUUUAUUACAUUAUGUUACAAAGAUCAAUUAUUUAUAAAUCAAUGUCUUUCUCUCUCCCUCUUCCUGCCACCCCCUCCCUUCUUUCCCCUUUUACAUAUAUUCACUACAUGUAUUGUGUACGCUUGCUCACAUUUCUUAUAACAAAAUUUUAUAAUUUUUAUAUUUUAAAUGUCAUUGUAUAUAAAUAAAUAAAAUAUGCUGCUGGAACAUUUAUGCUAUAUUUCAACAAAACUCACUAAGUUUUAUGUAUCAACGACCCAUCUUUUGAGAGAAGAUUGUAAUAUUUGUUGUUAGCAAUUCUCAGUUAUUGUGUGUUGGCUGUUUUAAUGUGAAAUUGUAUUUUUUUAAUUAUUUCUUUUGUUAAAUUAAAAACUUGAACUACAAACUAAA